AUGUAUUACUUUUGCCUAUUCAGAAUCGAAGCGUUGACCGGAAGCCAGAGAUUUCUCGCAGUACCCCAACUGCCACUACCAAUGGAAGCAGCACUGCGCGCCGGCCAGGUUAAGAGUAAUUUCGAACAUUUCAAGGUCCAACGGCGAGCGCCAAGUCCACAACCAUCUAAGCCUCUUAAAAGGUCAUCACGUGUUGCACAGCGAAAGGAAGCGUCGAGUAGCGAAUCAGAAGAAUCUAGCCCGGAAAGGCCACCACCAAGGAAAGCGCCGAACAGAACACCAGCGUUUAAUUCGGCGAUCAAAGCCAGUGAGCGUGUUAGUGCUGUAGGAAAGCCACCGACGAAACGGGCUGCUGCCCUCGCCCCUAAGCGGCGAAUUGUGUCCAGUGAGGAGAGCGACGAAGACGAGUCAUAUACUGUCCCGGAUUUGCCGAAGAAGCCAAAGACGAAAGCCGACCUAAGGAAACAGUACGAAGAGAUUGAGAAAAAAACUGAUGUGGAGACCAAGAAACCCACGGCAACUGUAGACUCGAAGAGAGCUUCGACAGCGUUUGUGAAUGGUUAG